AGCCAGGCAGCCAGAAGCUAGCUCGUCAUGGCCAUGUCAAUCCUCGGCGCUCUGAAGCUCGCCCCGUCCCCGGCGGCGGCGACGGCGCAGCCGCCGGCGUGGCGCGCCCCCUCCUCGCUGCACUUCCACGUCGCCAACGCCGGCGCCGCCGCGCUGGUCGCCGCCUCGCUCCUCCUCGCCGACCCGGCCCUCGCGUUCAGGGGAGGCGGGCCGUACGGGCAGCAGGUGACGCGGGGGCAGGACCUCACCGGCAAGGACUUCAGCGGCCAGACGCUCAUCAAGCAGGACUUCAAGACCUCUAUCCUGCGGCAGACCAACUUCAAAGGUGCGAACCUGCUCGGCGCCAGCUUCUUUGAUGCGGACCUGACAGGCGCUGAUCUCUCCGACGCUGACCUCAGAAACGCCGAUUUCUCGCUGGCAAAUGUAACAAAGGUAAAUUUAACCAAUGCCAACUUGGAAGGGGCACUUGUGACAGGGAACACUUCUUUCAAAGGUUCCAACAUAUACGGGGCAGAUUUUACCGAUGUUCCACUACGAGACGACCAACGGGACUACCUCUGCAAAAUUGCUGAUGGGGUAAAUACAACUACCGGGAACGCUACCAAGGAGACUCUCUUCUGCAAAUAAUGAACAUAAAUGAAGGAGAAUGGAGAGACUAGAGAAUUCAGAGGUUGAUUUAGUUCUCGAAUAGUACUACCAUGUUUUUCUCUUUAGUUUUCUUAUAUCUUCCAGGGUGGAGAGAGUUCCAUGAACACACAAAGAAUAUAUGUAUCGGGUGAAUGGUUGCUGGGAAAUCAAGUGCAUACUCGGAUGGUGUUAGCCUGUCAGGCAUAUUUAGUCCAGGGUUAGUUUUGCCGAAGUGUACGUAACAAAGUUAAAGCUGUUAGGUGUGACAAAAAAAAACACUCAAAUACAUAUUCCUUUGAUAAUAAUAUUGAUACAUGGAAAUUCCAUUCAUCUA